AUGAUUCAGGAAAAGUACGGAGACUAUCUAGUGGAUCCCACAUUUGCGUUUGGUGAAGCGGACGCACCUGAACUAAAAGGAUAUAGGCUUGGUGACGAAUUGAGGUCCUUACUGGAGAACAUAAAGUUGCACGAUACAGAUGUCGACCUUUAUAAUAAAGCGACCUCUUCCACAGAACUGCUCCAAGAUAAAUUUACGAUCUGCGACGUCACUGAGGCACCACGUUUGCUGUGGCUUAUCGGCUUUCCCACAACCACCUAUCUGAAGACACAGCAGGAAUGGAGCCGGGCUGUAGCAACCUUAAAGGGUGUGGGAUCCAGAAUACGUCAGAUGGGGAAGAUAAAAGACUUUGGUUUCCCACUAAUUGAUAGCAACGAGGACACGGAAUGCGAUCUAGCACGUAUAGAGCAUGUGAAGAAGGUAUUGAUUGAUGGCUUCAAUGCCACCUACAAACAUGAGUGCGAUAAAAUGGAUUUCAACAAAAAACAAGUGCUACCAGAUCCGUCAAAUCGCGCUCGUGUACGCCCAGCACUAUUGAAAGGCAUCCUCACCAACUUGCUCGAGUUGAAGCAAGCCAGAACAUCGUCUGACAUGUACAUGGACUAUAACCGUGAAAUGCUUAUUGAGAGCGAAAAACACGGAACGCCAUUCGUUCCAAUCACUUUCAACAUUCUUACACCCGCAUGGAGUGUGCCUAGUGAAGAGGAAUGGCCCCCCGAAUUUUGGGGGCUUCCACUGGGUUCUUGGUUAGACAAGUUCAGAAAGGGUGAUAUAGAUGCCAAACAACAUUGGCUCCGUCGCGACGUGCUGGAUUAUCUGCAAUUCGAUUGGGGAGACGGUUUGAGGUAUUUAACCUUCACUUGGGACAAAUUGGCACUUGGGCUUCUGUGGUAUAUAAAUAUACGGGGACAUCCCAUCAUGGACAUGCCACCUCAAAUGGUUAUUUCUAACGCUGAACUCGUAGCCAAAUGGGGUAAACCGGAAGAAAUUCAAGGAUUGAAGCUUGGUUACAUCUUUUACACCGCCAUAGACCAGAUCCAGGUUCUGCGGAGAUAUUAUCCUGAGCGGUACGAGUUCCUGAAGGGGAUGGGCCUGGAUUAUCUAUGGCAAGACGAAGUAGAUUUGGGUUACAGGGCAAAUCCACAUCAGAAACUGGAGGCCUUAUCGCACACGGCCAAAUUAGCGAAGGAUGAUUAUGAAUACAAUGUACCAUCUACGCUAAGAAUCCUCGAUUGUAGAGGUCCCCCUAAGGCUGUAGACUCGGAAGUUUGCUCGACGUUCGAGAACACUUUGAUGGACGCCUUUAUCCCUUUGUUAUAUUACGAUGAGUACUACCGUUCAUAUAAUUUGCGAUGUGUGGAACAUCUGCUGCUGUGCGGUGUGGACAGUGGCAAACGCUUUAUUCGGUGGUUUCGUGCUCUUCAAACCAACCUCACUAACCGUUUUAGUUCAGGCAUCUAUGACAAACUCCAUCUGCACAUUAUACGUAUAGAAGACAUUUUGUCACCAUACUAUGGUGAAAGUGAACGGCGUUUGGUGGCGAUGUUCGAAUCAGCGGUGUCAAACGUUGGAGAGGGUUUAACUUGCGUAUGUAUCGAGGGCAUACACCACUUUCAAAGCGAAAAAGAUGACCUUAGCAGCUUGGACCGUAGGUUGCUUGCAACUCUUCUUUUGUUACUUGACAGUGUUUCUAAGUCUGAUCCAAUACUACCUCUGUCCCAUGCUACUACUGAUGUAGGAGCAAAUGGCCCGUUGCUCAUCGUUGCAACAAGCGACAAACACCCGUACCAACUUUCUGAAGCACUCAUAAGACCCGGUAGAUUGAACAGAACGAUUACUUUGCCAUUGUGA